AUGAGUGCCCCCAGCUGGCAACAGAGAGCCGAGGCCAAACGGUCCGAGGUAGCGGCCAAGAUCCCCACAGAAUGGCAGGUUCCCAAGUCCAUCCUUGAAAAGGACUCUUCGCCAUUCGAUAUUCCCCGGGAAUCUGGAAUACUGAGCGAGCGUGAGAUUGCUAUCACCGAGGAUCAUGAUGCCACCGAUUUGGUCCACAAAUUGGCAUCGAGGGAAUACACUUCUCUUGAGGUGACAACUGCCUUUGCCAAGCGGGCUGCAAUCGCACAGCAACUGACGUCCUGCUUGACGGAAAUUUUCUUCGAUGUUGCCCUGCAACGCGCGAAGGAGUUGGACGAACACUUUGAAAGGACUGGCAAGACUGUCGGGCCUUUUCACGGCCUGCCAAUAAGUAUCAAGGAAUCUUUCAGCGUGACUGGGAUCCAAACAACCUUGGGUUUCGUCUCAUUCUUGGACCGUCCUGUAUCAGAGAAGAACUCUGCUUUAGUUGACGUUCUACUCGCAGCGGGUGCUGUCUUAUAUGUCAAGACCAACAUCCCUCAAACCAUGAUGACGGCUGACUCGCACAACAACGUGUUUGGUCGAGUUCUCAAUCCGUACGGCAAAGACAUCACCGCAGGAGGUAGUAGUGGAGGCGAAGGCUGUCUCGUUGCGUUGCGAGGAUCUCCCCUUGGGGUCGGUACCGAUAUUGCAGGCUCAAUUCGCAUUCCUGCUCUGUGCUGUGGCCUGGUGGGAUUCAAGCCAACUGUCGGGCGUGUUCCAUACGGCGGGCAAACAUCGGCAGCUCGGCCGGGAAUGGUUGGUAUUGCCCCGACUGCAGGCCCUCUUUGCCGCUCUGCUCGAGACGCAGAGCUCUUCUUGCGGGUCGUAUUCAACUCGAAUGCUGCAGACCUCGACAACGGUGCCCUGGGAAUUCCUUGGAUUGAGCAAAACCCUAGCUCAACUCUCACCAUCGGCAUCAUGCCUGAAGAUCCAGCACGUCCCAUGCACCCUCCUAUGAAGCGUGCAUUGGCAGAGGCGGCACAGAAGCUGAGCGCAUCUGGACACCGAGUCGUGAGCUUGGACAAGGAAAUGAAGUUUAUAGCCAGGGCGUGUGAAGUUUCAUGGGAAUACUUCUCAUUGGAUCCUGACCGAACUCCCCUUGGUCAUAUCGCCAAAGGGGGCGAACCCCAUAUACCUUCCCUUCACUUCACGUAUAACUUAGAGGAAGUUGGCCCGGAGCCAAAUCUCCGCAAGCUGUUCCAGCUGAAUGUUUCUAGGGAUGAGAUUACAGCUAAAAUGCGACAGCUAUUUGUGGACAAUCAAUUAGACGUCAUUUUGGGUGCUGGAUAUCAAAGCUGUGCAGUUGAACAUGACGCAUAUGGGUUGCCACUUUAUACAGUGUUGGCAAAUCUUGUUGAUUAUCCGGCUUGCGUGCUUCCCAUCGGUAGUGCAAAUAAGGCCGCAGACAAAGCGUUUAUCAGAGAAGUUGAUUAUGUGCCAUCUUACCAGCCUCGAUUGAUCGAAGGUGCGCCUUGUCAUGUUCAAGUCAUCGGCAGAAAGUUGAAAGACGAGAGUCUUAUGCAUGCAGUCUCAACAAUCGAGCGGGCUUUCCAGUAA